AUGCAUGCAAUGAACCUAAAAGGUGCGGGUUUCGAAUACUUGAAUGGUUUACAAUUGAAUGACCUGUAUCAAUUAGAAGAAGAACUGAGUACCGCAUGGAAGAACGGACAGUCAAUCGUUUCGAAUGAGAUCUACGAUAAAGUCCUGGAUAGUGUUAAUUACGAAGCCACACAAUUAAAAGCUGAUCCGUAUAGUUUUGCGAUGAAGAAAACGGAAAGAGAAUUGAAAAACUUGGUUGACUUUUUAGCACAAAUGCAUGCAAAAGGAACGCCUUUGGUUGAUAAUUCAGUUUGGGAUACUUUAAAUCAAGAAUGGAACAUACGGAUUUUAGCGGGUCCCAAUUCCUCUACAUCAUACCCGUCGAAUUGGAUUGCAAUGUCGUUGAGUGAAACACCAGUUCAGUUGAUAUCUCUCCCACGAGCAUCGCAGGAAUUUCAAGACCUUUCGAAAUACUUUUCGAAAUCUCUCCAGAAGACAGCCGUGGUUGUUCAUUCGAUAACACGUAUUCAAAAUCUUCGAAUUUGGCACAUCUUUCAAGAACUACAUAAAACUAUUCCAAAUAAUAUUCAGCAUCUUAUUCACGGAACAUCGUCACCAACGCAGCAGAAACUUAUCAUCCAUCAUGGAUUCUACCAUAGUUUCUGUCCAAACGGUUCUAUUGGUGAUGGUGUCUAUUUUGCCGUCAACGCAUCUUAUUCAAACAAUGAUCCAUAUGUGUUGAAGCGAACUGCUCAUCGACGAGAAUUAUUUGUAUGUCGAGUUCUUCUCGGUAAUUCAAUGAAAGGCAGCUUUGGACUGAAAUCAAUUCCGCAAGAUUUUCAUUCCGUGUUUCAUAGGGAUGGUGCGAUGAAUGAUAUGUUUUGCAUAUUUAAUCCGUAUCAGUCAUAUCCAGAAUACAUCGUUCAAUAUGACUAUGUUUAG